CUCGCAACCAACCAACCACCCAACUAACCACCCCGGUCAGUCCCCUUCAAGUGCUACCACAUCAGCCGGCUGCAGCGGAGUCACACAGAGAGCAGCCAGGGGCUACCACUCCACGCCGCGUGUUUUUUUGUUGUUGUGUGGCUCUGCAUAGAAGAGAAAAGGAGCAAGAGAGAAGAAUGAGACGCCGGUUUUUGGAUUAGGACUGAAGUCUGGUCGGCGCGUUUUAGAGCUCUUCUAGCCUAUUUACAAGUCCUUUUCUCCCGGCGCAGAGUCACGUUUUUGCCUCUGACACAAUGGGCUGCUGCAGCGGACGAUGCACUCUCAUCUUUAUUUGCACUUUACAGCUGGUCUUGGCUUUAGAGAGACAGGUCUUUGACUUCCUGGGUUACCAAUGGGCCCCAAUCCUGGCCAACUUCUUCCACAUCAUCAUCGUCAUCCUCGGCCUCUUCGGCACCAUUCAGUACAGGCCGCGCUACAUUAUUGUGUAUACAGUGUGGGCCGCUCUGUGGGUGGCCUGGAACGUCUUCAUCAUCUGCUUCUACCUGGACGUAGGCGGACUCUCCAAGGACAGCGACCUGCUGACAUUUAACAUCUCAGCUCAUCACUCUUGGUGGAGCGAGCAUGGGCCGGGCUGUGUGAGGAGAGAGAUGCCACAGGCUCCGGGGGUCCGUACCACAGAGAGCCACUCCUACAUCACCGUCAUGGGCUGCCUCAUGGACUACCAGUACAUCGAGGUGGUGCAUAGCAGCGCGCAGAUUCUUGUUGCACUCCUGGGCUUCGUGUACGCCUGUUAUGUUGUCAGCGCUAUCACCGAGGAGGAGGACAGCUUUGAUUUUAUUGGUGGAUUUGACCCAUUCCCACUCUACCAUGUCAAUGAGAAACCAUCUCAUCUCCUCUUAAAGCCCAUGUACCUGUCUACGUAAAUAGAAGAGAGAGCGUCCAGCGGGGAGGUGACACAGCAAGUUCCCACGGAGACAAAAUGGCUGUUUUGACACAAACAUCCCAGUGCACAGGGGGGGGGGGGGGGCACUACAGACAUUCCACCUCCUCUUGAUUUCAGUCCUUUAAACAUGUCAUUUACUGGUGUGCUGCCGAGAAAAAAAACCCAACAGUCCUCAGUAAGAGUCCAUUGUUUUCCAUAAUGGGUUCAGGAAUGAGGGGAUUACAGUGAAACAAAGCCUCAUAUUUUGUAUUUAGGGAAGUAUUACUCAUUUUCUUUGUAUUGAGUUCCCAUCGCUGUGACCUGCCUGCAAUGCUCUAAGUUUUCCCCGAGAAUAUGACUGUAUAGAGCGUGUACAGUAUAUAAAUACAUAGUGUAUGUAAUCAGGGACUACCCAGCAUUCCCGCUCUGUGGUGCUGCGUCUUAGAGGUCUCGGUGAUUUAGCAUGUUAUUGCUGGUUUGGCUCAGAUCUUGGCCGGAGGGCUGAAUUACAGUGCAGUCUGCGGAAUGAGCCAUUGUGCGCUGCCUGUUUACUUUAGGCCAGGAUCUGUGCGCAUAAAUACACCAGCAAUGCAGGAAGAGGCUGGGGAGUGGAGAGG